CUCCGUGGAGCGAGCGAGGGCGUGGACGCGGGAGUCAGCUCCCGAGCUCGGUGAUUUUAACCUUAAAUGUUCGUACGGGUGAUUUUAAGGCCGGCGCCGUCCUCUGCGCUCCAGAAUCUCAGGUGGUAGAGACCGCCUCACCCAGACCCCCCCCAGAACAGAGAAGGAAACUGAGGCCCAGAGGGGGGAAGCGACUGUCUGGAAAGCGAGGCAGAGCAGAUGGGACUGCGCGUGGGGGAGUCUCAGCAGAAGUCGGCGGCAGCGGCCGCUCUUCAGGGGCGAAGUCGGGCUCACCCAUUCACCAGCCGGUGACCCCUUCGGGCGAGUCACUUGACUUUUCCGAGCCUCAGUUUCCUCAUAAGUAGGCACCGGACUUGUGAUUUCUUUGGCAUAGGGAACUCUCGGGGGAAGACACGCUCCAUCAGCGCAGGGUGAUUCAAUCUACCUUCCCACACGAUGUUAGUAUUUUUGAAGCGCCCUGUUCUUGUAACUGCAGAGAUCAACUUGAACUUAGUGGCUCUGACGGUGGUAGCUUUGUUGAGUCGAUUGUGGAGAUUGUCCUAUCCACGGGCAGUAGUCUUUGAUGAAGUCUACUAUGGGCAAUUUGUAUCACUUUACAUGAAGCAAAUCUUUUUUGUGGACGGGAGUGGACCACCACUUGGCCACAUGUUGCUUGCUUUUGGAGGUUAUUUGGGAGGAUUUGAUGGCAACUUUUUAUGGAACAGGAUUGGAGCAGAGUAUAGUAAUAAUGUGCCAGUGUGGUCUUUGCGCCUGUUGCCAGCUCUAGCAGGGGCCCUUUGUGUCCCUUUAACUUACCAGAUUGUAUUAGAACUCCACUUUUCCCACUACGCUGCUCUUGGAGCUGCACUUCUGAUUCUAAUAGAGAAUUCUUUGAUUACUCAGUCUAGGCUGAUGCUAUUGGAGUCAUUAUUAAUUUUUUUUAAUCUCCUGGCUGUAUUGUCCUACUUGAAGUUCUCCAAUUCCCAAAAAUACAGCUCAUUCUCUGUGAAUUGGUGGGUUUGGCUAAUCCUGACUGGAGUUUCUUGUUCUUGUGCAGUUGGGAUAAAAUAUAUGGGCCUUUUCACUUAUAUACUACUACUUACCAUUGCUUCAGUCCAUGCCUGGCAUUUGAUUGGAGACCAAGCUUUAUCAAAUGCUCGUGUAUUAUGUCAUUUGUUAGCCAGAGGAGUGGCCUUGUUGGUCGUACCAGUAAUUACGUACUUAUCUUUUUUCUACAUCCAUCUGAUGGUGCUAUACCGCUCUGGACCCCAUGAUCAAAUUAUGUCUAGUGCUUUCCAAGCCAGUUUGGAGGGUGGAUUAGCUCGAAUCACACAAGGCCAGCCUCUAGAAGUAGCUUAUGGCUCCCAGAUCACCCUGAGAAAUGUCUUAGGUAAACCCAUGCCCUGCUGGCUUCAUUCACAUAAGAACACCUACCCUAUCAGGUAUGAGAAUGGCCGAGGCAGCUCCCACCAGCAGCAGGUGACCUGUUAUCCCUUCAAAGAUGUCAAUAACUGGUGGAUUGUAAAAGAUCCUGGCAGGCAUCAGUUGGUGGUAACCAAUCCUCCUAGGCCUGUACGACAUGGGGAUAUUGUGCAGCUGGUCCAUGGAAUUACCACUCGUUUCCUCAAUACGCACGAUGUUGCUGCACCUCUGAGUCCACACUCUCAAGAAAUUUCCUGUUACAUCGACUAUAAUAUUUCCAUGCCAGCACAGAACCUUUGGAGAGUGGAUAUUGUAAACCGUGAGUCAGAUUCAGAUAUAUGGAAGACCAUAUUGUCAGAAGUUCGGUUUGUACACGUGAACACUUCAGCAGUAUUGAAGCUGAGUGGAGCAUUAUUACCUGACUGGGGUUAUCGGCAACUAGAGAUCAUUGGUGAAAAAUUGUCCAAGGGCUAUCACCAGAGCAUGGUAUGGAAUGUGGAGGAACACCGAUAUGGGAAAAGCCAGGAACAAAAGGAGAGAGAGCUGGAAUUGCAUUCCCCCACUCAGAUUGACAUCAGCAAAAACCUCAGUUUUAUGGCCAGAUUCACAGAACUGCAGUGGAAGAUGCUGACAUUGAGGAGUGAAGAAACCGAGCACAAGUACAGCUCCUCACCCCUGGAAUGGCUCACACUGGAGACAAAUAUUGCCUACUGGCUACAUCCCAGGACCAGCGCUCAAAUCCAUCUGCUUGGAAAUGCUUUGACCUGGUCUUCAGCCAACAUCGCUACUUUGGCCUAUGUACUUCUGUUUUUCUGGUACCUGCUCAGACGGAGGAGAAAUGUCUGUGACAUCCCUGAGGAUUCCUGGUCGCUCUGGGUAUUGGCUGGGACUGUGUGUUGUGGGGGCUGGGCUGUAAACUAUCUCCCUUUCUUUAUGAUGGAGAAGACGCUAUUCCUUUACCACUACCUGCCUGCUCUCACCUUCCAGAUCAUCCUGCUCCCUGUUGUGUUGCAGCAUGUGAGUGAGCACCUCUGCAGAUCCCAGCUCCAGAAGAACAUAUUCAACUCCUUAAUUGUAGUAUGGUUUUUCUCUGUGUAUAUGGUUUAUCACACUUUCAGCCCAAUAACCUAUGGAGAUCAAUCUCUCUCAGCAAAUGAGCUCAAGGCCCUUCGCUGGAAAUCCAGCUGGGAUAUCCUGAUCAGAAAACACUAACGGAAAAAGAAUAAACUAGUGAAAAUCUGAGAUGGGGGCUGGAUAAAGUAGAACAGACCUUGUUGGUUUCUUUCUUGCAUUUGUUUAUUAAUGGGCAGAGCUACUCUGGGAUUGAAGGAAUGACUUAUACAGGAACUGAUGAGUUCCUGGCCUUUAACUACAGGAAGAGGUAACUGAAAACUUAACUACUUGUUUGUUUCAUUUCACCAGUGAGAAGGCCGUUUAAAAGAUAAACUACAUUUUGUGCAAGGACAAGUCUUCUCCUAGAAACUAGAGAGCAGACUAUUUCUACUUGGGCAGACCUUAACUGAACAAAACCCCCUUUCAUUUAAUUGAUUAAUGUAGUCACACCCUACAGCCUGAUGGAGACAAAAAUUAUAUAGGCCAAAAGAACUUAAGAGUCCAUGAUGAAACUACAAUUCAGCAUUUUAACUAGGAAGUUGCUGGUAGUCCUAAUAGCUCUUAUCCUCAGUUCCUCCUUUGGCUAGACUCAUGCUGCCAUGAAUAUUUCCUAAACCUACUGUAUCAGAGCACAGUUGAGUAUUCAUCUUUGGUGAGACCUCACAGAAGCCAUUCUGUACGAUGGGAAGACCCAGCUGCAGGCAAAGGUAAACCAAGUAAGAUCAAAAGGCUCUAGAUUCACCUCCUAGCAAUCCAUGAUAUUCUUCUACUCUGAUCCAGCCAAUCACCUCUGACCCUACAAGGAGCUGGGAAGCAAAUGUAAAUAAAUACUCAAAUGUGGACACAGA